AUGGCGCUGGUCGUUCGCGCCUCCGGUGGAGGCGGCGGCGUUCGCCUCAUCUUCUCCGCGCUACUUCGGAGAAUGAUAGGGGUGCCCUCGCGUCGCGUCGACACUUCCAGCCCGUCUGGUUCUCCCUCGAGCGACGACGACGGCGACGACGACGACGACACCUGCCCGCGGAUCAAGCGGAUUCCGUGCAACAUCUCCUCGCUAUCUAACUUCCUCUCUCUGAACGGCCGCGAUUCGAGCUCUGCGCACAUGUCGGGGGCGAUGCCUCUGCCAUUCAGCCAUACCGACUGGCCUGCCCACCAGAUGUUCGAUGUCAGAACUGCACGGCCGGAGAGCGCCAAACAGGAUCUGGAGAUGGUGACCAGAACCAGGCAAGUCACACGGUUGCCUAGGGAGCAUGAGAAUGUGAUGCCUCCGGUGGUCCUGGUGAACACUACGCCCGGCCAGCCUCCCAUCCUGCGCAUCCCGCUGACUGAUAGGCUGGUAGCCUCGUUCCUGGCACAGGCAGUGGGGGUCAGGUUGAUGGUACCGCUGGGGUGAAUAUGACAGCAAAUCGUGCAGUGAUCCCACCUUCCUCAGACAGCAAGGUUUUGUAUUUACAUUCCUUUUCCUCUACCACAAGAUGCAGUGACCAACACCCACCCCCGCUCGGCCCCUUCUCGGACAGCAAGGUUUUGUAUUUACAGCAAGGUGCAGUGACCAACACCCACCCCCGCUCGGCCCCUUCUCUCGGUUCUCGACGACCGAGAGCCCUAGAGCCCCCCCACUCGAUCUCCCCUCCCUCUCGCACGAGGGCCCUGA